GAUCAGCAUGUGUUCAAGUGUCAACAUGCAGAGUCUCAUAACAGCUCACCACGAAAUGGGACACAUUCAAUAUUAUCUGCAGUACGUGAAUAUCCCGCCAAUUUUUCGCAGAGGUGCUAAUCCAGGUUUUCACGAGGCCAUUGGAGACACAAUUGCAUUGUCAGUUGCAACACCGAAGUACCUGAAAGCCAUUGGUCUUAUUGAACCCGAUUUCGAGCUCGAUGAAAAAUCACAGCUUGCAUUCCUUUUACGAAUGGCUCUGGAAAAAGUUCCAUUUCUUCCAUAUUCCUACAUCUUGGAUUUGUAUCGAUGGAAGGUAUUCAACGGAUCCAUUUUUACAAAUGAGCUUAAUGCUGAAUGGUGGAAACUCGCGGCGGAAUUUCAAGGUAUUCGUCCACCAGUGCCAAGAACUGAAGAUGACUUCGACGCUGGAGCAAAAGUACAUUUUGUUCGAGGUUCCCCUUACAUCAAAUACUUCGUCGCCAGAUUUCUGCAGUUCGAUUUCCACCAAACGCUUUGUCAAGUUGCUGAAAAAUUUGACCCUGAAAAUGAAACGUCUUUGCCUUUACACGACUGUGAAAUAUUUGGCAGUGAAGCUGCCGGGGAUAAACUCAGAACUUUAAUGAGCGUCGGGCGAUCAGAACAUUGGCCAGAUAUUCUUGAGCGAAUGACGGGGAGUCGGGAAAUGUCAGCGAAACCCUUGCUGAAUUAUUUUGCUCCACUGAGAAAAUAUUUGCAAGAUUACAUCACCAGAAACAAGGUCAUCAUUGGCUGGAAUAUGAGCACAGACAACGAAACGGAAUCCGAAGAAGACUUCACACAUGUCCCCGAAGUGACAGUUGUCGAAUUCAACCAAUCUGGAGAAAUGCAACAGAUCCCAAAAAAAGAAACCUUCACUGAUGCCCAAAUCACCCUUCAGAAUAAAACUUAUCUCGUGAAAAUGGCUCCAACUUUCCACCACCUGAGCAUCAAAGCUGUAGAAUUCCUUCUGGCAGUCACAACGUUCGUCUUUUCCUUCAAUCUCCUCACUGGUUCCGAGAGACCCUUUGAACGUCACUUGGUGUCGUGGAGUGACGUCAUGCUACUCAUCACGGGGCCAACGAGUCUCAUCAGCGUGGCUGUGUACCUACUGCUCGGAUACGCACUCAAGAAUGUGAGGCCGACGAUGCAAGAAGUACUUGUGGAGUUUCUCAUACUGCUGGCAUUAGUUGGAAGCGCUGGGGUGACUUUGACCCUGGUUUUCUAUCCAUGCUGGUCCGUGAUGGAGAGACGCACUUCAAUGAUGCGUGACGACAGCAAUGGCAGUGAAAGGAAAGCGAACAUUUGCUUGACCAGUGAUGAGAGGAUGUUUGCCAUUGGUGCUAGUGUCGCUGCCAUGGCGACUUGCGUUGCCAUCCUCGUCGACGGGCUCAUCAUUUGCAUCAGCAUCAACACCUCUGAUUAUGAGAGCAAGGCGCAAAGUCAUUCAACUCAGGGCAUUCAGACUGAAAAGAGGGUUGAUGACGAACCAGCAUCUCAAGGCUUUUAUCCCGAAGAU